CGGAUUCCUACAGGGGCUGCUCGGGCUCGUGUAGGCACUCGUGCAAAUGGCGCAAUUGCUCACAGUUGAGAGUGCAGCCGCCCUGCGUCUCCAAUGAUCCCGGUGACCUCCGGGGAGCUCGGAAGCGGCGUCCGCGAGCUCUUGCGAGCCCAGGGGGACGGACACGGGUGGGGAGGAGCCCCCCGUUCACGCACAGGAAUCUGCACAGUCUGGACAAGUUCACCGCGAGUUACACCCCGUAGGCAGUUUCAUCACAGGCGCACGCCAGCAGGCGGGCCAGCCCCGCACCGAGCCGAGCAGACGAGGGACGUCUGCGGAAGGGGCAAAGCCGUUUCAGAAAGACGUUGUGGCAAAAGACGAUGGCUCCGGAGAAGUAAACAACUCGGCCUUGCACAGCUGCAUGUGUGAGACCAAGAGGGACUUUCCAAUCUAUGCACCUCCAAGAAAAAGGGGAGCUGAGAGGAGAGAGGGAACAGCUUCCCAUCAAACGCAGUCUUCCCACAUUUCAACUUCUCUAAUUCCCAAUGAUGGAGCCACAGAGUGAAGGAGAGAAGGAGAGGGAGAGCACGUGGGGUGAGGAGAAAGACUACGAUGAGGCGGAGAAUUCUGAUCAGGCAGCGACAGAGCCAGCCCUGACUUGGGGGAAAGGGUCCAUGGAGGAUGACCUUGGCCUUCCCAUCAUGCACUGGGAGGCUCUGAACCAGCGCAUCACGGAACUUGAAAAGCAACAGGAGGAGAGUCGGGCGAAGCCUGCAGGUGUGCAGGAGCGAGGAGCUGUAGCUGCAGGCUGGGCGGAGGAGAGGGAACGAGGGAGUGUCAGGGAGAGUUGGAGAGAGGAGGAUGAGGAUAAGGACAGCAGCCGUUUAAUAGCGCUGACUUCAAGACUACAGAGUCGAAUGAAUCUCCAGCUCUGCUUCAUCAACAACAGUGAGAGUGAGGAGGAGGAGGAAGAGGGAGAGAGUGCUCUGGGCAGCAGUGGGUGUGGGCUCAUGCAGAAGGCCAGUCCCCCUGCACAGGCUGCUGGUAGUGAGUGGUCUGAGAGACGGGCAGAGCUAAGGAGAGAGGCACAGGUUGCACUGAGCACUCUCCGAGAGAGACUGAAGCCAUCUUGCACUGCACAGAAAGAGGGUCAGCCCACCGCAGGUUUAAGCGAAGGGCUAGGGGUGAAGAAAAGGAGACGACUGGAGCGCAGUGACCUUCAACCUCUGAGCCUGCAGCAGCUGGACAACCUGAGGGAAACACUGAGCCAGGCCAUACAGGAUUUGAGUUCUGAGUUGGUGGGGCUGCUGCUGACCCGUGACCAGCUGCGAACGGAGCAGGAUGCCAUGCUGCUGGAGGUUCAGGAUAUGACAUCAUUCUGACACCACAUUGUGUGCCUUAGCCAUGGUUCCCUGACUGAUUGACCUCCUACUUCAUACUGUAUCACGAAACCCCUGCUGGAGCAACAUCUUUUUAGUUUUACACAUCCAGGCUACGGAGUUGGAGUGGACAUUGUCAAAGAGAAAGCACAACACAGACUUUUCUGCUCUUUAAUGCACUGCUGUGUGAAAUCAUUUGUAUCAGUCAGGAUGACUGAAGUAACAUUCCCCAGACAAACUGAGAGGAGCAACUGACAUUUUAUGACUAUUUCCUGUAACUCCUGUUAGUUUUAUUCAUUUUUCUUCUGUUGUAUGAAGGUGAGGAAGUACAAAGUAAAAGAGAUUUGUCUUUCAGUUGCCCGAGGCCUUUAUCACCUUGGGCUACUGACUGUCUAUGCUGUCUGUCGCCACAUAGCUACAGUACACUUUCUCCUUUACACCUUAAAAUUCUGUCAAAUGCAAGCUGCUUGUCUGUGUUUGACUGACAUCUCAGACAGAGAGAACUGUUGAUGUUUCCACUGAAAACAUCAGCUGUGUGUGAUGACAACAGAAAAAAAGGCAGAGACGUUACAUCACAUGAGCAACAACAGAUGAUGUCAUGCAAGGGGCUGGAGUUGCUCCAUGAGAAGAUGUAAUUCUUAUUAUUGUACCUGUCGUGAAUUGUGCUUGCUCAUUUAAUCGUGAGCGUCUGAGAGCUGUUGUUGACUGAAAGAGUUGUAUCACGAAUAAGUGAAUGUCCACGGUAGAAAGUCAGGCAGCUUUAACUGCAAACUCUACUCGGAAUGGCAUGAUAACAUCACUCCUAAUUAAAUGAAAAACUGUAAUCUUGGAGUGAGUUACAGGGACCUGCCCUGCUGCCUUUCUGUCUCAGCAUGGAGAUGUGUAUGUGACCAACCACCAGGCAUAGAAUCAAGAGGAUAUAAACCACAGUGCCUUUCUACUUGGGUUAGUGCUGCAUACACUCAGGGUCAUUUUGCUAUGGUGAAGCUUCAUCCUCUUUCCAGAGCUGCUUAUAACAAAAGGGAGUCUUUACUGUUUUUCUGGCAUGAGCAGUUCAGUGUGGUGAAGUUCUCUGUAUUUCAAUAAACUUUUACCAUUUUUUUAAA